AGUAAAUUAUAGACUUAGUCCAGAUCAGUCGACAUGUUAAUGAAGACAACAAUUGGAUUAUUAAUCGUGGCUGUGCUGUUUGUGCACCAGAACGCUGCUUGUGUUGACAUUUGCAAGCUGCCCUUAGACCUGGGGCGUGGCAGAGGAUACUUUCCAAGUUGGUUUUAUAACUCCACAGCAGGAGAGUGCGAACCUUUCAUAUUCGGUGGUGGCCUAGGCAAUGCAAACAGGUUCAGAAGACUAGAAGAGUGUCAAAAUAGAUGUCCCUAAAGUUGAAAUUUGUAUUGACACUUUAAAAAACAAUUGAAGGAUUAUAACGUUGUUAAAAAUAAAUGAAUUAAAUAAUUGUGCAAGAAAAGCAAA